AUGGCAUCAUCAACCCACCCCCCGACAUUAACAGUAACAUACACCCACCUCACCGCCACAACCACCUCCCACAAUAUCUCCAUCCCCCUACCCCCACCACCAACCCCUCAAAUCUCUACUUCUCACUCAAAACACCACCAUAAUGAUCCAUCCGAAUCCUCCCAGCCAGAGGCACUCCACACAGCACCAUCAUCUACAGCUACAAGAGCACAUCUAAAGUCCCUAAGAGAUGCUAUUAAACAAGCCCAAUCGGAGAUGAAUGCCUUCCUAACAAAUAAAAUGGAAGAAGAAAAGGCUGAGACGUUGGAUUUGGGCGGUGUUGGGAAGGGUAAGGCGAAGAACGGAGGUGCUGCGAAAGCUGCGGAGGAUAUGGAGAGGGAUGGGGAGGUUGAAGAGGAGAUGGACGACGAGACUAAGGCUUUGGAAGCUGAGUUUGAGAAGUUGAGAAGAGAGGAAGAGGAGGAGAGGAUAGAGAAGGGGAAAGCAAAGAAGAGAAAGAAGGGGAAGGAACAGUAA